CACAGCACUAAGUCUUUACACACACGCACACGCACAUGACUCAUAAAAAUUAAUAAUAUUGCGUAAUAACUAAAUCGUUAUUAUUUCAAAUGAAAUUUCACACAUUGACAUAAUGAGCAAUCUCCCUACUAUUCCGUCAAAAGUAAAUAUAGUUGACUCAGAAUAAUUUUUUGACGCUUUAUCUUUACGGUAACAACUGGAAUUUUUCAUUACGAUUAACAACUGGUACCUUGUACGGUUGUUUUCGGGGAUAUAUAUAUAUAACACGUGUAAAAAAUUAGUGUAAGCAUGUAUAAAUAUUUUAAUGUAUUUAUUUUUGCGAUUUUGGCUGCUGGCAUACAGGAUGUCUAUGGAAAUUCAGGAAACCAUUCGCAACCAGUAGUACUUGAACUCAACGAUAACGAUUUUCCGGACUAUGAUAUAUUAAAGAUAAUUAUUGAAGAAAAACCUAAGAAUAAUGAGUAUCAUAAGAAAAUUGUAGUUUAUAUUAACGAGAAGAUGUUAAUUGUAGAUUCUUAUAACGACGGAAUUGAUGUUUCUUUGACUAGUAUCAAGCCGACUUACAAUGGCGGUUGGCCUCCAUUGAUUUCAUCGGGAGACAAGGUUUAUGAAUUGAUAUACAAGAAGGACUCGUAUUUUGAUAUACUGGAAAUAAUAAUCAACAAAAUAAACGGUGUAAGGAGCGAGAAGACAAUUAAAAUCUUCAUUAAUGACAAAAUAGUUAGCAUGAACACUACAGGAAAUGCAAUAAACUUGUAUAUCCAGCAUCGGAAAGAUGACAACACCACAACUUUCAUCCAAAAGUAUAAUUUAAAUGAUUCCGACGGUGCUUCAAACAGUGUUAAUUAUUCAACGAGAAAAUUUCAUAGUGUUUCUUAUAAUCUUGAUCAGUCAACUGAGAAGAACAAGGGUAACAAUAGUAAUGUCAAGAGAGUUAAUGAUAUUAUUCUCCUCUGUUUUGGUUUAUGGAACUUAAUUCCUUAGGUAUUGACCCCCUUCUCCCCUACAUAUAAAUUUUUAUUUUUCACGACUUAUGAUAAGAAACUAUUUUGUAAUAAAUAAAAAUAAAAAUAAACCGAUGAUUCAUUUAAUUAUCGAUUAUGAGCUUCGAACACUCGUUUAAAGAUUUUUCGUGAAUUUCAUGAUUACAUUUAUGGUUAAUUAAUAUUUAUGAUUAAUUAAACGUUAAUAAUGUAAUAAGUACACUUACCAUUUGUAACAACUGUGUAAUUUAUGACUUUACAAAAAUUAUUCACUGAAAACAAAAACAGUUUAAU